CAGCAAGUGAGUAGGAAUUGCUGCCCAGCUAACCCUACGGCACACGAGACCUCACGCAAGCGCGGCACGCUUCGAACCCGUGACCCAAUCCCGCCCCAGAAGACCCCGCCCCUGAGUGAGGUCAGACGCUGGCCCCGCCCCUUCUAUUCCGGCUCUCGGGACCUCCCCAACAAGGUGGGGCGCUCGUGCUCCCCUAAAGGGGCCUGGCCUGCAGAGGGCGGGACCCUCCCGACCUUCACCUUCGAUUGGCCCAGCCCUCGCCAACGUUGCUUUAGGAUUGGUCGGAUUGUGCUCCUCUCCACCCCCUCUUCCCUGGGGCUUCCGCUUCCGGCUCUGACAACCGCUUCGGACGUAACGAUGAUCGGAGACAUCCUGCUGUUCGGGACGUUGCUGAUGAAUGCCGGGGCGGUGCUGAACUUUAAGCUGAAAAAGAAGGACACGCAGGGAUUUGGGGAGGAGUCGAGGGAGCCCAGCACAGGUGACAACAUCCGGGAAUUCUUGCUGAGCCUCAGAUACUUUCGAAUCUUCAUCGCCCUGUGGAACGUCUUCAUGAUGUUCUGCAUGAUCGUGCUGUUCGGCUCUUGAAUCCCAGCGAUGGAACCAGGAACUCACCUUCCCGGGAUGCUGAGUCUGCGUUCCUCCAUUCCUGAUGACUGCAAGAAUGUUUUUGACCAGAAAAUUGACAACCAUCCCAGAAAAAGCCCAAGCUCGUGGUGGGUGGAAAAAUGUUCGCUGAGAUGUGCAUGGUUUCCCAGCUACAUCCCUGUUUUCAAAGAUGGUUUCACUUUGGUCUCUGACUUGGAAUGCUGUCUACUGAAGGGGUUUCAGGGGGGUUGAUCUAAAGGGCUGUGAUGAAGUUGCAUUCCCCAUAGAUAAAUGAAACAGCAUUUCCAUCCAGAGAUCUGAGCAGAAAGGUUGGCUUUUAAGUUUAACACAGCUGCGUUUUUGGACGUUCAGUGUUACUGGCUGAGUCUGAUAGCCUCUGGGCCCAGCCAGAGGCCCUGUUAACAAAUUCCUUUCUCAUCCCGACAGGGUCGGCCUGCUUGGCCAUCAGUACAGCUGCGAUUAACCCUAAGGCUUUAAGGAACCGGCCACCUGUAUCAGGGACACCAACUUUCCUGUUUAGACACUAAAUUGUUAGCAAGAGGGUUGAGCUGGUUCCCCGUGAAGUAUUUUACAGAAAACGUGGAACAGUUGUGGGGGUGUUAAGAUUUGCUCUGCCUUGAACCCUUUGUUAUAAAUAAAAUGACUUUGGGAGCCAUUCAUUGUACAGCUGCAGGAAUGAGAGUGAUUUUAUGAUGUGGUGACACUGGGACCAUGUUCUAAAACCUUGGGUUACUGAGUCUGCUUUUUGAGUGGAUGAUUUUGAAGUGGAAAACCCAGGGGUCUCCAUCUAGGAAAUACAGCAUUUUCCAGAAGCUUCUUGGAAAGGGAAUCCUGGUUUUGUUGCCAAAAUGAAACACCCAGGGUUGGCACUGAAUCCCACAGCUGUGUGAUUUGUCUGUUGAAUUUUUUGUUUGUCGGGUUUUUUUAUUUGUUUAUACCAAUAAGAAUGAGCCGGAAUGCUGGAGAUUUUUGAAAUCCUGACUUGGAGGUAAACCUGGAGGAAGGGAAAAACAUAAAUAUGCAGGCUUUUAGGAGUGAGUAGCCUUGAAAAUAAACCUCAUUUC